AUGACAGUCAUUUACUUCACAGCUGAGCGCAAUUAUCACAUAACAACACACGGAUCCUAUUGGCAAGACCCUAACUUCGAGUCUGGUCACGAGGAUGAAGAGACGGUGGGAGUUCUUCAGGAGGGGCCAAACCGACCUCGUCUUGAAGGCUAUCCCAACUUUGACGACUGGGAGUUAGAUCUGCGUUCUUCUGUUCGAAUUGCUAGACGCUCUGCAGUUUGCGUUGUAGAUGAUCCAAAUGAUCCGCAUCAUAUUAGCCUCUACCACACCUUCCAGAAUAGCAUGGAUGCUCGAGAUGAUAAUGAACUCUCCUCUCUUAAACUUCCCCAUGAUGAUGUUAACCUGAGUAUGGUCAAGAGGCUGAUUGAUUACUAUCCCCAAUCGGUUAUUAUCAAUGAACUCGCUAGAGAAUCGGAGGAAGAAAAGACAAAUUUGGUUCAUGAAUUGUUUGACAACGGUGUAAUUAUUGUCACCUCACUAUGGCAGCAGCAUCUUUUUGGUGAAAAUGAAGAGGAAAGUGUUGAAAUGGAGGAAGAAGACGAAGAAAGCGAUUCCAACCAAUCUAUUGACUUUGGCGAAGAAUAUGGCAGUCCUGGUGUUGAAAAAGUUGACCUUGAUGAGGAUGACGAUAGCACUGCUGAUAUCAACGAUUUGUGA